AUGGCAGAGAUUCCGUCGCACCUUUGGCUGCCUCGAGCCAAGUACUGGAUCUCAUUGAAGUACGUCGUGGUGCUAGGGGUUUCUGCCCUCCUCCUGUGCAUUGGCCGGCCCCAGAAACUGAAGAGGGCGCCGAAAGCAUCGACUCUGAGCCUGGAGGAGGCCUCUGAAAGGGCCACUGCUGGCGCCAAGUCCGGGAAAGAGCUACCUGAAGUUGUCUUCUUCUGGGCCCUCUCGAAUGAAUCUCGGAAUCUCCUUUUGUCGGUACUCCUGCUGUGCUGGCUGAUCUUGUGCUCGAAGUUGACUAUCUCGGCAAGCUGGGGAGGACAGCUGAGUGCCGAUGGCAUGUCUUGGGAGGCUUGGGACCUUCUCUGGUCGUCUGGGCUCCUCCUUUUUUUCUUACAGGCACUGGUCAUGAGGUUCAAUAGCACUUGCAGCUACAGUGCCAUCGAUGUUGCGAUGUCGUCUCGAACCCUCUUUCCCUUCAUGGGCGAUGGCUUCGACGUUGUGAAAGAUGCAAUGCUUGCGCGCAUGGUGAUGCAGUCGGAACUUCACUGGACCAGCUACUUAGGAUACGUGGGCCUCGCCUACGUCUGGAUGCUGCACUUCUGUUGGCUUUGGCCAGGAGCGUCGGGCAGAGAAAGACUGGAUCGGAGCUACCUGGCCCUUCUGUUUCUGAAGCCGCAGGAAGCAGAUGCUCCCCGACCAAGCCUCUCAGAACGGGCAUGUCAAGCGGCUUAUGUGGAGACAGAGCCUUCAAGGCAGAAGGCGAUGCUGCUGGAGGAUGCUCCGCAAGCGUUGCUGGAGUUGCUGGCUAUGGGCAUGACGAAGACGUUUCCGUUAGCGAUGAACCUUGUGAUCCCCGGCCUCCGGCUACUGGCCGCCACACAGCUUCACAACUCCAUCGCCUGGCAGCUACGCAGCUGGCUGCUACAGGAGGCCCUGGCGUACUCGUCCUCCGGGGAGCGCUACGCAGAAUCGCUUUGCAGGCUGGAAACGGUGCAUGGGAAGCUUUGGGAGAGCUUCAACAAAGAUCUUCGGGGCAGUGCACAAAGGGCAGCCAGGAAGUCAAAGGAGCCGACCUUAAUCACGGAGUGGGUGAAGCUUCAAGAACUUCAAGUGACGACGCCAGAGAUAGAGCUCUUGGACCAAGACGGUGCGCUGACGCUUCGUCGCCUUCGCUUACAACCUGCAACCCUGAAGACUCCAAGUAUUGCCCCAGGUACUACGUGCAUUGAGAAGUGCAUGAGGCCUCUACGUUCGAUUGACCGGGACCUGAGGGAGAAAGGGCUCCCUGAAGCUAAAGCUGACACUGAAGUCGUUCUGAAAGUGCGUACUUCCUCUCCGCUUUUUCUGCUUGACCAUGGUAUUGCUGCAGUCAUCUCGCGCUUGCAGCGCUUGGGCCCGGACUAUAGAAAGCUCCGGCUCACCAUGCACGGCUUUGAGGGAAAGCGGGAAAUCAGCGACAUCUCAGCUUUGCCAACUCAGUGCUUGAGCGUCUACCUCCGCACAGUCAUCCUCGACUUGGCUGAGAUGUAUGAAGAGACAGUGACAGAGCUCGAAAUCAACUUGCGCCAGACGCGAACGGACGAUGCAAGUUGCCAUGCUCUUGCCGAGAGACUGGAUCUCAGUGGAAAUUAUGAUCAUGAUCAUCGGCUCUCCUGCCGUACCCUGCGCAUCUCGGAGUGCGGUCGUUCUGCCAUCAUUGAGAGCGUGGCAAAGCUACAUGAGCUCAAGCGGUUUGAGCUCAUCUGUGAUUUAAAGGAUCGCUACGAGGUCCGCGAUACAGAACUCGAGGAGUACCAUAGUAAGCUUCGGCACAUCCCCGACGUGCGAGUCGAAUACGCGGAGGCGUGA